AUGGACACUUCACUGCCUCUCAAUACCGGUACCACCAUUCCUGCACUCGGGCUCGGAACAUGGCAGUCUGCACCUGGUGAGGUGAAGAAGGCGGUCUCGCACGCCAUCUCUGUUGGCUACAGGCACAUCGACUGUGCAUAUGUCUAUGGUAACGAGGACGAGGUCGGCGAAGGGCUUAAGGAGGCCUUUGCAUCUGGUGUCAAGCGGGAAGACCUCUUCGUCACAACGAAGCUGUGGUGUACAUACCACUCGAGGGUGGAGGAGAAUCUCGAUUUAAGCCUGAAAGCUCUAGGACUGGAUUAUGUAGACCUCUACUUGAUGCAUUGGCCGUGUCCGAUGAAUCCUAACGGCAACGACCCAAAGUUCCCCAAACUCCCCGACGGUUCUCGCGAUCUCGACGAGUCCUGGAGCCACAUCGACACAUGGAAGGCGAUGGAGAAGCUACUGUCAACCGGAAAAGUCAAGGCCAUCGGCGUCGCAAACUACAGCGUCAAGUUCCUCGAGGAGCUCCUUCCGCACGCCAGCGUCACUCCUGCUGUCAACCAGAUUGAGAACCACCCGUACCUACCACAGCAAGAGAUUGUCGAUUUCUGCAAGUCCAAGGGCAUCCACAUCACCGCGUACAGCCCGCUGGGUAGUACCGGAAGCCCGCUGUUCAAGGAAGAGGUCGUGCAGGAGGUUGCGAAGAAGCACAAGGUCUCUGUUGGAUGCGUCUUGCUGAGCUAUCAUAUCGCUCGAGGGAGCUCCGUGUUGGCGAAAUCUGUGACGCCGUCCAGGAUCGAAGAGAACAAGAACAUCAUCAAGCUCGAUUCGUCGGACAUGGAAUCUCUGGAGAGCAUACACAAGAAGAAGGGUGUUACGAGAUUCGUCUAUCCUGCAUUUGGCGUUGACUUUGGCUUCCCGGACAAGCAGUAG